AUGAGCCAUAGGACGGAUCAAGACGGAGUGGCAACUACCCGAAGGCCUCCCCUGAAAGCAACGCGAGGAGGUAUGAUAAAGGUGGCAGCUCUGAGGAAGAGGUUUGCGGACAAUUCCCAGAGAAGGCCACAAAAAUGUCAGGGAAAGAAGAGGAAGCUGGAGGAGGACGAGGAAAUUAUUGCAUCCGUCGAUCAGGGGAAAAUGGAGGCCAGAGGCAAGACGGAGCCCUUGAGCAAAAGACAGAAGGCGGACCGAAGCCCUCCUCCUCCCAAUCCACCAAAGGCACGGAAAAGGCUACCUCGGCAGGCAAAGGCCAACGCAGUGGACAGAAUCCACAAGGUGUAUGGUGUCCUUGCCGAGAGAACUGAGCCAGGCCAAAAUGCAGCAGCCGAAGAGGACAAAAUGAAAAAGAAAGUAAAUGAAAAAGUUGAGGAAAAAGCACAGAAAAAGGCAGAAGCAGCAAAAGGAAAGCGAACGGACAUUUCCCCCGACGAACCUCAACAGAAGAAGCUGGGGAAAAGGAAAGGGAAAGAAGAGCCAAUGAAGAAGCAGGCUGAAAAAAAACAGAAGAAGGAGAACAAAUUGAGGCUCCAAAGAAACAGGCCCGUAAAAAAAAAGAACAAAGGCCGAGAAGAAUAA